AUGUUUUCAGGCCCAGUGAAGUACAUUGACGAAGAGAGGUUCUGUGAGGAAUAUGAAAAAGCCGAAAAGAAAUUAAACGAGUCAGAAGAUUAUGACUCAGCAGUUAAAUUAAUCAGGCUUAACUCAGAGGAGUACAAGGCAUUUGGCAUAAUAAGACAACAAAUCUCUUCAAUAAAUUAUUCCGACCAGAUUAGCCUUACACAAGAGAUCAUACGCUCCAAUCCUAACUCAUUUUGUGCAUGGCAGCAUAGAAUGCACCUGCUCCUAAGGACAGACUCCCUGGGAAAGUCAAUUUUCACAGCAGGCACGUCAGAUUUAGAGUUCAUACACAGUGUUCUGCAGACUAACCCUAGGAACUUUCAUCUGUGGGUGUAUAUCUCGCUGAUUUACAGGUACUCUGAGGAUAUUGUUCAUGAACAGCUAUCAAAAUGCAUCUCCAAUUAUAGCGCGUAUUUUGGUCUUAUUGAAACACAAGCAUUCGAGAAAAUUUCAGAGACAGAGAUGAAAAAUAUUAUUUUCACAGACCCAGAGAUUUCUUCACCUUUUGUGUUCAUUCGGAUGGUGGAAAUAUCAAAGAGACUGAACAGAGGCAAUGCAUUUUUGAUGGUCUACCCUGGAAAGAUGGAUAUUUACUUGGGGGUUUCAAAUAAAACACGGGUCUAUUUGGAGUGUAAUGAAAGAACAACCGAAUACUUAGCUGAUUUCAAGAAAAUAAUCACAAUAAACCUCUCAAAGGAAAUGAAAUUUGAAGAUAUUUCUUCAUUCAUUAUAAAGACAAAAGGACAGAGACCAGUGAAAAUAGACCUAAAAAACGAGUACAUCCCAGAAGUACCUGCGUAUAUUGACGAGUUUCUAUCAAAGUAUGAGUCUGUGAAUGCACUAAUGACAAAGCUGCUCUUCACCAUAUCAGACACAGAGAGGCGCAGCGUAAUAGAAAGCCUAUUAAAACUAGAUCCACGCAGAAACCAAAUGUAUCUGGAGCUAAAGCAAGGAUAUAAGAUAUUCAGAGGAAAUUAG